CGACUUCCCUUAUCCGGAGGAAUUGGGACUGUGGUCGCAGGUUCCGCCGCCUCGGGAGCGGAGCCCUCCGUCCGGCUGCGGAUGUAGCGUGGGGGGCGGCGACAGGCCUCUGACGCGGCCGCAAUGCUGAGCUCCCGGGCUGAAGCAGCGAUGACUGCAGCUGACAGGGCCAUUCAGCGCUUCCUGCGGACCGGGGCGGCCGUCAGAUAUAAAGUCAUGAAGAACUGGGGAGUUAUAGGUGGAAUUGCUGCCGCUCUUGCAGCAGGGGUCCCAUGACAGAAAGAAAGAAGCGGAGAAAAGGACUGGUUCCCGGCCUUGUUAAUUUAGGGAACACCUGCUUCAUGAACUCCCUGCUUCAAGGUUUGUCUGCCUGCCCUGCCUUCAUCAGGUGGCUGGAAGAGUUCACCACCCAGUACACCGGGGAUCAGAAGGAGCCUCCCCAACACCAGUAUCUCUCCUUAACCUUGCUGCAGCUCCUGAAAGCUUUGUCCUGCCAAGAGGUUACUGAUGAUGAGGUCUUGGAUGCAAGCUGCCUGCUGGAUGUCUUAAGAAUGUACAGAUGGCAAAUCUCUUCAUUUGAAGAGCAGGACGCUCACGAAUUGUUCCACGUCAUCACUUCGUCCCUGGAGGAUGAGCGAGACCAUCAGCCUCGGGUCACACAUUUGUUUGAUGUGCAUUCCCUGGAGCAGCAGCCGGAAAUACUUCCUAAACAAAUAACCUGCCACACAAGAGGGUCACCUCACCCCACAUCUAAUCACUGGAAGUCUCAACAUCCUUUUCAUGGACGACUCACUAGCAACAUGGUCUGCAAACACUGUGAUCACCAGAGUCCUGUUCGAUUUGAUACCUUCGAUAGCCUUUCACUAAGUAUUCCAGCUGCCACGUGGGGUCACCCGCUGACCCUGGAUCACUGCCUUCACCACUUCAUCUCGUCAGAAUCAGUGCGGGAUGUCGUCUGUGACAACUGUACAAAGAUUGAAGCAAAAGGAACACUGAAUGGGGAAAAGGUGGAACACCAGCGGACCACUUUUGUGAAGCAGUUAAAACUCGGGAAGCUCCCUCAGUGUCUGUGCAUCCAUCUGCAGCGGCUGAGCUGGUCCAGCCACGGCACGCCUCUGAAGCGGCACGAGCACGUGCAGUUUAAUGAGUUCCUGAUGAUGGACAUCUACAAGUAUCGCCUCAUUGGACACAAAGCCAGUCAACACAACCCUAAGCUGAACGACAGCCCAGGGCCUGCAUUGGAUCUGCAGGACGGGCCAGCAGCUCCCAACCCAGUUCUGAAUCAGCCAGGGACCCCCAAAACACAAAUUUUUAUGAAUGGCGCCUGCUCCCCGUCUUUAUUGCCUACCCUGCCAACCCCAGUGCCCUUCCAUCUCCCAGUUGUUCCUGACUACAGCUCCUCCACAUACCUCUUCCGGUUGAUGGCAGUUGUCGUCCACCAUGGAGACAUGCACUCUGGACACUUUGUCACCUACCGACGGUCGCCACCUUCAGCCAAGAACCCUCUGUCCACCAGCAGCCAGUGGCUAUGGGUUUCCGAUGACACCGUGCGCAAGGCCAGCCUGCAGGAGGUCCUGUCCUCCAGUGCUUACCUGCUGUUUUAUGAGCGUGUCCUUUCCAGGGCACAGCAUCAGAGUCAGGAGUAUAAAUCUGAAGAAUGACCCUGCCCCAGUCCCGAGGUAGAGCCGAAACUGUCCAGGAGGAAAGCAGAAGCAUCCCGUGUGUGUGUGUACAAGCAGUCCCACUUGGCUCUUCAGCCUCCCAGUGCACAUGAAGAGCAAGCUCCACACGGGGCCAGGACCUGGUUCAUAAGGAAUCCAGCACCCCACGGAGCUCUGCUAGUGUGCACGGGAAGGUGCCAUCGUGUUAGGAAAGCAUUCAUUCGUCUAGAGAGUCUUUGUACUCAUCUGACACAGGUAAUUAAAAGAAACCAGAUUCCGGAAGCCACUUUUUUUAUACUCUAAUAUGUUAGAUGUUGUCAGAGGGGAGUUAACUUUGUUUAAUCCUCUGAUGUUUCAGCAUAAAUGUUUUAUUUUUAAUAAGCAAGCCCACAAAAAUCGUUGACAAGAAUCAGUGAAAUGAUUAAAGGCAACAAUUUUGAAGAAAAAGUGCCUUCCACUUUCGAUUGUUUUUGUAGCACAUCCAUUCCAAAAAGCAGACAUAGGAACAAUUUUUGAAAAGCUCCAAUUUCUUCCAAGUUACUCAAAGGACAGCAAGAGAACAGUCAAGAGGCCGAGAGAACACCUCCCUUCCCUUUUUCUAAGCCUUUUUCUAAUCUUUCAAGUCUUUCUAUGUAGUAAAGGCUCCCCUGCCAAGCCUGCCCCCUGGGGAGAGUCAUUGCCCUAUUUUGUCAGUUAUAAGUGAAACGCUUACUUGUCGCUUUUAUCUUUUGUAAACUGGACUAAGAGAUGUAAUUAUUUAUUAUAAAACUGUGUUAAUAGCCAGAACUGAGCAGUGUCUGUGCAGCACCUGGGAUUCCUCUGCUCAGUAGAAAAUAUUUAUUACCCAGGAUGCACUGCGGAUGAUUCUUUCUCUGUUUACUUCCUGCCCGUGCAGAGCUCUGAGGGUUUACAGGCAGGAGCUUGGGACUGUGUGAAGAGACAAUCCCUGCCAUGAUUUGAGAGCUGGAAUAGGAAGACAGGGCGCCGACCACAGGCUCUCUGGACCUCAGUCUCCUCAUUUGUAAAGACAGGGAUUAUAUUCCAUGACUACCGAAGUCCAGCCCUUUCCACACAAAAAAAGAAGCAAGCAGCUUUUGAUUUUUCAGAAAAUCGUGGAAGACAGCUGACACUUGGUAUUGUUGUUGUAGGUCCAUGUCCUAAAUGUCUUCAUCCUUGCUGGGAGCCUGAUAAAAAAAAAAUGUCCUGAGCAUUUUCUUCCCUUUGCAGUGAAGUCCCAUGAAGGCUGCCCAGGGCCAGAGGAAUGUUGAUGACACACUCGUACUGAUGUUUUAGCUAGAUUUUUUGUCAAAAAGAUACCAAAUUCAAACUGACUCUGCAGAGCUAAGAUUGAAAUCAGACCUGUGCAAAAGGUCACCUGAGGUAAGGCUAAGCACUGGCUUCCUCAGCUGGGAGGAGCCGGCGGACACUUCCAACAAUGCUAAGGUGCCAGCUGCAAGUGCAAGGAGCCCAGGUGGUCCCCCUUCCUUGGAGGCCCAGCGUGCAUCCUGAGGACUCAGCACCUCUGCUACGUGUAGACGUACUGGGAAGGUUCCCGUAGGGCAGUCCAUGACGGUUCUCCAGACCGCGGGCAGCAGCGUGAAAGGGGCCGCUUCAACUCUCCGAUCCAGUCACUGCUGAUCCACCACGGACCCCGGAUUGGAUGUUCUACCUACGUCCGGUAGAAAUAUCCAAGCGUGUGACCUUCAACUGCAUUGCCAAGUUGUGGCUUUGAGUAAUCGCAGCUCUGCCCCUGCUUACUCUUUGAAACUUGCCAUUAGAUGUACGAAAGGGAAGAGCUGUGAGCACAUUUUGGUCAGAGGUCAGGGUUUGAGCCGAGGUUGUCAUGUGAACAACAUUUUUGUGCAGUCUCUUAACCUGACUUAAAGCUGACUUCCUCAUUUUGUAAAUUCUUAGGCACUAAGUAGCAGCCAAUAAUCUGAUUUCUAGCUUUAAGUUACUUAUAAAGUAGCUCCUUCUUUUCAAAAAACCUAAGUUCAACUAGUAGUUUAUGCCUUGAUAACUGCUGAUUUAUGUAUUUGCUAAAGGUACUUUUGUAUCUGCUGUGUAUUAUAGCAAUAAAAGAAUCAUUUUGUUAGGAAA